UUACUCGCCCAGGGAGUAAGUCAGUGUAGAACCGCCACUGCAUCCAACCAAAGAAGUCCUCGUAUAUGCACUCCUAGAUUCUCAGAGUGACACAACUUUUGUUCUCAAGGACGUGGCAGACACUUUGGACAUAAGCAAGGAAGCAGUCAAACUCAAACUCUCAACAAUGGCAUCAAAGAACACAGUGAUAAACUGUCAAAGAGUAAAUCAUUUACAAUGCCGUGGUUUUUUCCAGCACUAAGAAAGUUUCUUUACCCCCAGCCUUCACACGUGAGUUCAUUCCAGCCAAUAGGACUCACAUACCAACAAACGAAACAGCUAAAGCCUGGUCCCACUUGGAACAUCUUCAAGAUGAGAUUCCAGCUAUGCAAAACUGCAAAGUCGGUUUACUCAUUGGCUAUAACUGUUCUCAAGCUUUACUGCCAAGAGAAGUUGUGUUUGGCAAAGAAAAUGAGCCUUAUGCUCAACGCACAGACCUAGGGUGGAGCAUUGUCGGCCAUGGAAACCCUCAUGUUGAUUUUAGUGAUGCUAUAGGUUUAAGUCAUCGCAUAAUAGUGCAGCAAGUGACACCGAUGGUUAAACCUUAUGUCAACCUCAAAACUAAAGUGAACUUCGUCAACAGAACAAAAGUGAAAGAAAUAACUCAAUCUGACCUCAUCAGAGCCCUUGAGCUAGAUUUUCAGGAAAAAGGUGAGGAAGAGAACUUUGUUUCUCCAGAAGUUCUCACUUUCAUUACAUUAAAAGACAACAUCACACAAAAUGAAACAGGUCGUGAAAUGCCUUUACCAGUCAAAGUUCAAAGACCAAACAUGCCUAACAUCAAAGUAGGUGCUUUACAUCGCCUUAAGUCUCUUGAAAGAAGAUUAAGGAAGGAUAAGGAACAUUAUGAAGACUGUGGGAACUUUAUGACCGACAUAAGUUCAUGCAAAGAGGCAAAAAGGGUCCCUGAAGAAGAAACAACCAACCCAACAGAUGCUUCUCAAGGUUUGAGGGUGAAACAACUCAAGAACUCUAAUUGGUUCACAGGUCCAAUGUUUCUCUGGCAAAGUACUUUACCUGUUAAAGAGUCCAUGGUGGGAGAAAUUAAGGACGAUGACCCCGAACUGCCAAGAAAAGUGUGUAACACGACGACAGAGAAAACGCCAUCAUUCAUAGAUCAUUUUCAGAAAUGUUCUGAUUGGACAAGACUGGAAGGAGCAAAUGCCAGAUUGAAGCGAUUUAACAAAGAAUUAAAAGAAAGGAAGCAAAGACCAACAAGCAAUAAUCUGGAAGUAAGAAGAAAUGCAGAAAACACAAUCAUAACACUAGUUAAAAAUUAAGCAUUCUGGAAAGAUAUCAAGACUUUGAAGUCAAACGAAACAAUCACAAAUCACAAGGACAGUAAACUGUGGAAGUUAAUUCAGCACCAGACAAUGAAUGGAUGUUAGCCAGAGUCAGGGUACGAGUAAGAUGGCAAAGUAAAUAAACUUAAGUUGCAAGUUAGCAAUACCACACUUGACAAAGGUGGGAAGUCCAAUUUCUUGAAAGACCAGUUCUUAAGGUUGUAACUUUGAUUGAGGCAGACUAAUAAUACAUGUGAGGUGUUGUUAAAGACAAAUUAAAGGACCUGAGAAAAAUCCCACAUUAAGAUUAGUGUGAUUUGGUGGGAGUGUAACGGUCAUUUGUUAGUCUGUUGUGUUUUGUUUAAUAAAUGUUGGUUAAGUUAUGAGAAGUUUAUUUUGAAGGUAAUUUUAUUUUGAAAAUACCGGAAGUGCUUACUUGUUUAGCGCAGAUUGUACGGACAGAGAAGAGAGACGCUGGAAGCAGGAGCACCACGUUUGUAUGCAAAGAAUACCAGAUGUGGAUGAGAGGACAAUAAGAGUAACUCCCAUCUCGGCAUGCAGCCAACGAGUUUUCACGGUGGAUUUGGAGAGACCAAAUAAACCCGUUAUGAGAACCAUUUGCGUCUGUAAAUGCCUGGUGUGGAGAAAUAGUUACGUUUAUAAAAACAGUUUAUUGUGACUGAGGCGGAGCCGCCUGUCAAGCCUUGACAGUUUGUGUUAAUUUAUAUAUUAUUUCCCGUCACCAAGCCUGGUCUCCUGCAUUUUGGGUCCUCCACCUCCAGGUCUUGACAGAAUCACUCUGUAGAAGAGACAUGGCACAGACAUUGAUACAGUUAAAAAAUAAUUUAAAAUUGGGCUAAAACAUUCAUGAAACAGCAAGACAGAAAAAGAUUAACCAUAAUAAACACUGUACUG